CUACUAGAGCCGCUUCAAGUUUCAACGCCAGGCUGGACUGGAGUGAUGCCCACGGGACAUAAGCCCUUCGUCGUCGUCUUCCUCUUCCACCUGGGAAGCGUGCUAGGUCAACCAAAGUCAAAACUCCGACGACCAUUUCCCGAACGAUGAAUCUUCUUCCACGCUACUGCUCUGUGCUUCUCCUUGCCCUCCAAGCUUCCCUGCUCUCACCUUCCAUGGCGGAAUCGCCGCAGGAUCGAACCCAGGAGGCGUAUCUCCAGUGCCUCAUCGACAGCUCCGACCCAUCAUCCCCACCCAUCUCGCCCCUGACAUUCUUCCCCAGCAGCCCCUGUUUCUCUUCCGUCCUCCGGUCCUACGUCCGCAACCUCCGCUUCAACUCGUCCACCACCCCGAAGCCAGUCUUCAUCGUCACCCCGAGCCACGUCUCCCACAUCCGAGCCUCCGUCGCCUGCGCCAAGAUCCACGGGCUGGAGCUGAGGAUCCGCAGCGGGGGCCACGACUACGACGGCCUCUCCUACGUGUCGCCGGCUCCGUUCGCCGUCGUGGACAUGUUCAACCUGCGGUCCGUCGAGGUGGACGCGGCGGGCGGGACCGCCUGGGUCGAGUCGGGGGCGACGCUCGGGGAAGUCUACCACGCGAUCGCGGCGGAGAGCGGGGCCCGCGCGUUCCCCGCCGGGGUCUGCCCCACCGUCGGCGUCGGGGGCCACUUGAGCGGGGGCGGGUACGGGAACUUGAUGAGGAAGCACGGGCUGUCGGUGGACAACGUGGUCGAUGCGGUCGUCGUGGAUGCCGACGGGAGGGUCUUGGAUCGAGAGUCGAUGGGCGACGACAUGUUCUGGGCGAUCCGGGGCGGCGGCGGGGCGAGCUUCGGAGUGAUUGUGUCGUGGAAGAUCAAGCUGGUGCCCGUGCCGGAGGUGGUCACCGUCUUCAAGGUCGAGAAGACGCUGGAGCAAGGAGCGACCAAUGUUGUUCAUAGAUGGCAAUACGUGGCUGACAAGAUCGAUGAGAGAUUGUUCCUCAGGGUUGUGUUGCUACCAGUUGUGAGGAAAGAUCAGAGGACAGUGAAAGCUAAAUUUGUGGCCCUGUUUCUGGGUGGUGCAGAUGAGCUGCUCGAUGUAAUGUCUCAGAGCUUUCCCGAAUUCGGGUUGGAACCUAAGGAUUGCAUUGAGAUGACUUGGAUUGAAUCGGUUCUGUUCUGGUCCAAUUAUCCUAACGGAACAUCCCCAAAUGUAUUGCUCCAAAGAAUCCCGGACUCGGAGAAGUUCUUGAAGAAGAAGUCAGAUUACGUGCAAGAGCCGAUUUCGAAAGUGGGUCUCGAAGGGAUAUGGAAUAAGAUGAUGGAGCUGAAAAGGCCGGCGCUCACUUUCAACCCUUACGGCGGGAGAAUGAGCGAGGUCUCAGAGUCCGAGACCCCGUUUCCGCACAGGGCGGGGAACAUUUUCAAGAUCCAGUACUCGGUCACUUGGAAGGAGGAAGGCGACGAGGCUUUGAAUCAAAAUUUGCAUCGGAUAAGGAGUCUGUACGAUCACAUGACUCCGUUCGUGGCGAAAUCGCCGAGGAGUUCCUACCUGAACUACAGAGAUACUGAUCUGGGCAUCAAUCGAAUCGGCAAUGAAAGCUACUCCGAGGCCAGCAUUUGGGGGACCAAGUACUUCAAGGGCAAUUUCGAUAGAUUGGUGAGAGUGAAGACGAUGGUCGAUCCUGGGAACUUCUUCAGGUACGAGCAAAGCAUUCCUUGCAUGUCAUCUUGGCCGAAUAGAAUGGCCGAGUGAAGUUCCGGCAGUAAAAUACACAUUAUUCGUUAGCUGUAUAUCGUGAAUCUGUACAUGAUGCAGCGAAUUUCUUUAGUUAAUGAGUGGUAAAAGCGCUGUUGAUCAUGAGUUCCCUUCAAGAAUGCCAUGGUCCUAACCCGAGCGCUCACGCCAACGCACUUUCGAACUUAAAGAUGCGAGAAGGUAGUGAUGUUGUCUGUCUGAAAUAUCUUUUGUUGUUAGGGCAAGUAAAAUGUAUUUGUAUAUGAUUAUAAUGAGAGACAUCGAUACUCGAACAA